AUGGCUACAGCUCUAAAGAACAUCAGCCCCCAUCUUGAAUGCGACAUAUGCGCAGACAAAUAUAAACAGCCCAAGGUGCUGGAUUGCAUGCAUAGUUUCUGCCAGAAAUGUCUGGAGAAAUACUACACUAGCAGGUAUGCAGGUCAGCCUAAGAUUCCUUGCCCUGUAUGUAGACGGGAGACGGUACUCCCACAGACACGCAUUGAAGGCCUGAAAACAAAUUUCCAUUUGAUGGGAAUAGUUGAGGAGGUCUCACUCCAAGAAAAGGUGGCUUGUUCAGAGAACACAAAGGUCAUCUGUGAGAUUUGUGAUGAGGGAAAUGAGGCUUUGCAUCGCUGUCUGGACUGUGCCCAGAAUAUCUGCCCAAACUGUCGCAAGACACACUUGCGAUGUACUGCUACAUCAAACCACACAGUGGCUACUUUGGAGGACAUUCGUCAGGGGAAGGUAACAGUGAAAAAAACACCAGAAGAAGAUGAGUCUAAAUGCCACAAACACAAGGGGGAAGUGAAACGGUUUUACUGUGAGACAUGUGAAGAGUUAAUCUGCCGAGAUUGUACGGUAGUACACCACCGUGAACCAAAACAUCACUACAUUGAGUCUGGAGAGGCUUCUCGCAAAUACAAACAGUCACUGAAAGAUUCAUUUCCAGACUUCACCACAGGCAUCAAAAACCUUGAACAAGCUUUAACCACUUCAUCACAAGCUAAGCAGAGGUUCACACAGAACGUCACAAAGACUGUGAAAGCUGUGAAAGACAAAGCGGAUAAAAUGAGAGCUGAGAUAACAACUCAAGAGACAAAGAUGAUUAAAGAAAUCAAGCAACUCCAGCAGGAUCGCAACAGAACAUAUGAUGAGCAUCAGUCAACACUGACAAUGAUGCUUGAAAGUAAACAACAUUCGUUAGGGACAUCCCAGGAUAUCAUUAACACUGCAUCUGACAAUGACUUUUUGUCCCUAUACCCUAUCAUCAGCAAAGACUUGAAAUCACUCAAGAGUCAAAAUCCUCCCCAGAUUGAUCCCAAGCUUUCAUAUCUGAGCUUCACCCCGGGUCAGAGGAUUGGUGACAUCAAUCUGGGCAAGCUUGAGGUGGAAACAGGCAAGUGGGAGAUGUGUCGUGAGUUUGGUAAAAGAGGAAGUGGUCCAGGAAAGUUCAUUGGGGCUCGGGAUAUUACUGCUACUCAACCUGGUGAGAUUGCUGUGGCAGACUAUGGGAACAACCAAGUGGUCAUCUGCAGCAAUGAGGGACAACACAAGGGAACCAUUCCCCUACGACAUCCACGGGCAGUUGCAGCCAUCCACAAUCCUGAGCAACGCUUGCUUGUGUUGGAAGAUGGAAGCAAGUAUGUCAAGGUGUUCAACAUGAAGGACAACACAGUGCAUCAAUUACAUUUUGUUACUAAACAAGGUCUUAUAUAA